AAGAUCUAAAAAAAUGAGUGUGGCAAACAUGCCACCUGAGUACGGUAAAUCGCAAUUUUACGAUAUUAAUGAUGAGCCCUGCGACGUAGCUUGUUUAUUGUGUGAAUCCUCUUUUAUUUUACCUACCGACGAAAACGACUUUCUCUUACAUUUGUUCAAUGAACAUCGUCUCGUGAUUGGGGAUGUUGACAAAAUUGCUAGUUUAAAAAGCUAUGUUCGUUAUUGGAAAAUUAAAUUUAAAGGACAACUGUUAACUACAUAUUGUACAACAUUUUACAUGGAUAAAAAAGAUGUAACCCCGAAAAACACUACGAAUCAAGAUGAAUUUUAUUUUUUACUAUCAGAUUGUUUAAUGGAGGAUAAGACUCUCAGAUAUGAAUUGAAACAAGCUAAAUUGGAGUGGGUUUUGGCACAACAAGUUCAAGAGAGAUCUGAUACCACAUUCAAGAGAGGCUGCAUGUUUUGCAGAACAGAGUUUUCAGGCUCGCGUAUAGAAUAUGUAACACAUCUCUAUCAAAAACACAAUAUUUUGCUUGGAAAACCAGAAAAUUUGGUUUUUAUCGACGAGUACCUUGACAGAAUAGAGAAUAACAUAGAAAAUUUCAUAUGUAUAUAUUGUGAAAAAACGUUUAAAAAUCGUCCUGUGUUGAAAGAACACAUGCGAAAAAAAUUGCACAAACAAGUUAAUCCUAAUAAUAAAACUUAUGACAAAUACUAUGUAUCUAACUAUUCGUUGGAUGUUACUCACAAAGUAAAACGAAAACCUACAAGACCUGAGCCUAUUGUAGAGACAGAAAAUUCUUCUGCAUUCAGUAGUGAAAAUGAAGAUGAAGACUGGUCAGAUUGGAAUAAUGAAAGCAUUGACAUUAAUUGUUUAUUUUGUACACAGAGUUGGCACGGUUUUUCCGAGUUGUUGGAACACAUGAUUGAUCAACACAAGUUUGACUUCAUUGAUAUAAGUGCGCAAUUUACAUUUUAUCAAAAAGUCAAGAUGGUGAAUUAUAUAAGAAAACAAGUUCAUGCUAACAGAUGUAUUUAUUGUGACACAAAAGCGGAAGACAUUAAUUUACACAUGGGAAAUGAAAAUCAUUACAAAUUACCAGCAAUCGAAACGUGGGAUCAACCAGAGUUCUAUUUCCCAAUGUUUGAAAGUGAUUCGUUCUUGUAUAAUUUGGAUACAGAUGACAGUGAUAGCGAUAACUAACGAUGCUUAUUUUGAUGUCUUUUAAAGAUGGUUGUUGUAUAUAAUCUUUUCUAUGAAAAACGUGAGCAAAUAAUAAUAAUCAAAUUGAAAAUUAUGUAAUUAAUACAUUUUAUUUAAAACUCUGAUUUGUUGCUUUAUUUUG